GCGGGAUGGCGCUGCUGGAGCUGGCUCUGCAGGGUCUCUCCAUCCUCGGCCUCGUCCUCUUCACCAUCCUCUGGCUCAUGCACUUCACCUCCAUCGUGUACGGACGCCUUCAUCUAAACAAGAAGACGACAGACAAACAGCCUUACAGUAAGCUACCUGGUGUUUCCCUGCUUAAACCGCUGAAAGGAGUGGAUCCAAACCUCAUAAACAAUUUGGAAACCUUCUUUGAACUUGAUUACCCUAAGUAUGAAAUCCUCCUUUGUGUUCAAGACCACGAUGAUCCUGCAAUCGAUGUCUGUAAAAAACUUCUGGGCAAAUAUCCAAAUGUGGAUGCCAAAUUGUUUGUUGGUGGGAAGAAGGUUGGAAUUAAUCCGAAGAUCAAUAAUUUGAUGCCGGGAUAUGAAAUUGCAAAAUACGAAUUUGUAUGGAUCUGUGACAGUGGGAUUCGAGUGAAUCCAGACACGCUGACUGACAUGGCCAACAUGAUGACUGAGAAAGUGGGCCUGGUGCAUGGAUUACCAUAUGUUGCUGACAGACAGGGAUUUGCUGCCACAUUAGAACAGGUGUAUUUUGGCACAUCACAUCCAAGAACAUACAUCUCGGCCAAUGUAACUGGAUUCAAAUGUGUAACUGGAAUGUCUUGUCUAAUGAGAAAGGAUGUACUGGACCAGGCUGGAGGGCUUAUUGCGUUCGCUCAGUAUAUUGCAGAAGAUUACUUCAUGUCCAAGGCUAUAGCAGACCGAGGAUGGAAAUUUGCCAUGGCAAGUCAAGUGGCGAUGCAGAAUUCGGGGAGCUAUUCCAUUUCUCUGUUCCAGUCACGAAUGAUCAGGUGGUCAAAAUUGCGGAUCAAUAUGCUGCCUGCUACCAUCGUAUGUGAACCGAUCUCUGAGUGUUUUGUCGCAAGUUUGAUAAUAGGAUGGGCUGUUCACCAUAUCUUCAAAUGGGACAUUAUGGUGUUUUUUAUGUGCCACUGCUUAGCUUGGUUUAUAUCGGAUUACAUUCAACUCCGAGGAAUUCAGGGUGGACCUCUGUGUUUUUCUAAACUUGAUUAUGCUGUUGCAUGGUUUAUCCGAGAAUCUAUGACAAUAUACAUAUUCUUAUCUGCCCUGUGUGAUCCCACUAUAAGGUGGCGGACAGGACGCUACAGGUUACGCUGUGGUGGCACAGCGGAGGAAAUCAUUGACGUAUGAACACCUUAGUCUUUCCUGUAAAAAUGAAGAAAAGUAUUAUGUAUGAUGUUUGUAUAAAGACUUUUAAAUAGUUCUACCUUCAAGCGUUUUUACUUGUGUGCCCUAGUAUUCUGAGUUAAUUUAUUUGCAUGGUAAUAGCAACUGAAUGAAAAAAAUGAGUAAUGCGUCUUGUCGGUAUGGCCAAAAAAAAACCUUCAUUUUCUUCCCCAUUUGGAAGGGGUGGGGAUAAUGAACUUAGUUUUUUAAAAAAAUAUAUUUUAACCUUGCAACUCAUUUUUUUUAAGAUCAGAUGCAAGAAAUAUGCUGCUUUCAACAAAAAGUUUGGCUAUUGUGUUUGGCAAUCCACCAGGAUAACUGGUCUUUCAAUAAUAAAAGCAGAAUUUGUGGUAGUGACUGAUUAUUCCUCAACACAUAUAAUCCUAAAAAAAUAAAUAGAGGGAAUGAAAUGAGGUUUUUUGCCCUAAUAUAGGAACAAAACCAAAGUGGAUUUUAGUUUGAUGGCUUUCUGAUUUGCAAUCUUUGGGAACAACUUUGACCAAUGUUAAUCACUGUAUGCACAACUGCUUUAAGUCAGAUUUUGCUUGGUUCCCUUUACACAGCAAAGUAGUAUUUUUAUAUAAAAACAUACGCGCAAUAUUAAAAUAUCCCUGGUUGUGUAAUAUUUCUCCACUUAUGCAUGGCAAAUUCAUGCAUUUAAAAAAAUGGAUGUAUUGUGUUCAGAAUAAGGACACAAAGUGCAUGAACUUGUAAAUGUACAAGUAUCCUUUAGCAGAUUUCAAUAAUGUUUAAUAGGUGGAGGAAAUGUAUGAUCCUGUAAUUAUUGACUAUAAAUCCUAUGCUUAAAAAAACUAUCAAACUGAAUCUACUGAUGGCUUUUUGCUAUAUUACUGUCCUAAAGGCUUAUUAAGAAUAAGAUUAGUUUGGUAUUUGUGUGGAAAUGUGAUAUUUUGGCAGGGAGCUGCUAAUGCACGCAGUUAAGUUUCAGCCUUCCCUCGGCUACGUACUGUAUUGUGCUGUUUGUCUUUCAAAGUGCUGAUUUACUGAGCUCGUGUUCGCAAUAUAUGACCAACUGCAGUGGUAAACUGGAUAUGUUAAAGGGUUGGAAAUGCAGUUUGGAUGCUCGGGUGAAUAGGGAUGGACUGAAAGAGAAUUUUGUGUUCUGAAAUUUAGAGACCUUUUAUUUGUGUGCCCAUCGAGCAGUGGCUUAGAGCCACAAAGCAGGUUUCAUCAAAUAGGAUUUUUCAAUUGGUUUCAUUACUGGAAAAACAUUGAUGAGCUUUUCUUUUUUAAAACAAACAUUUUUUUUCAUUGUCUAUUAAAUCACUGCAGGACAGUCAAAUCCAUAAUAUAAUAGCAAUAAUUGAAUUAAAAAAAAUGAAAUCUGCAUUUGUGGUGAACGAUGCUCUUUAAGAUGAGGCAGUCUGAUUCAACUUGUGGCCAGACUAACUAGCUUAUAUAUUGCCGUUGAUGCGCCUUAUUUAAAUGCAUUGUUUUUCCUCUCAAGUACUCUCAUGUCAGCUAUUCAGAGUACUUGCAUUGAAAUGUGAGAGUUCAAGACAACUACAGUGCUUUAUUUUCAUUUCAUUACUGUGAGCUACCUCUUUCUUUCCUACCUCCUCCCCCCCCCCC